CUAGUUAUUUCUUGUGUCUAGUUAUUAAUGCACUCCAGUAAUAGUUAUUACUUUAUAGAUAUUAUACUCUAUUGUUUUAGAUUGUAGUUUUCUGUGCUGUUAACCAGCAAUCACUGAUCAAUUUUAAUCUAAAACAAAUCAGCAUCUCACUCAUGAGACUGAUGUAUGGCAUCAAAGUGACCGGUGAUUUGAUUACAAUGUGUAGAAAUCGGCUACCGCCCACUAUUCCCUUAUGUGCAUGUCAUAUGCAUGCGGCACAGUCGAAUCUACCCUCAUACAGUCUCAGAUUUGCAUGGGAACUCUACAUUUUAACGUUGGAAUACACUGGUUCUGAAAUUAGAGUCAGGUGUUUUCAAUCAAUGGGAUGACAGUCAGGUGUGAGUGAGCGUCCUGUUUAAUUUAAAGAGCAGGAAUCUAUGAAAGUCUGAUCUUCACAACACGUGUUUGUGGAAGUGUAUCAUGGCACGAGCUAAGGAGAUUUCUGAGGACCUCAGAAAAAGAGUUGUUGAUGCUCAUCAGGCUGGAAAAGGUUACAAAACCAUCUCUAAAGAGUUUGGACUCCACCAAUCCCCAGUCAGACAGAUUGUGUACAAAUGGAGGAAAUUCAAGACCAUUGUUACCCUCCUAGGAGUGGUCAACUAACAAAGAUCACUCCAAGAGCAAGACGUGUAAUAGUCCACGAGGUCACAAAGGAGCCAAGGUAACUUUUAAGCAACUAAAGACCUCUCUCACGUUGAUUAAUGUUAAUGUUCAGAGUUUACCAUCAGGAGAAAACUGAACAACAGUGGUGUACAUGGCAGGGUUGCAAAGAGAAAGCCACUGCUCUCCAAAAAGAACAUCCGGCCCAUCUGAUGUUUGAUAAAGAUUUCAUGGAUAAGCCAGAAGGCUAUUGGAAAAAUAUUUGUCAACGGUUGAGAUCAAAAUAGAACAUUUUGGUUUAAAUGAGAACCGUUGUGUUUGGAGAAAAAAAAAACACUGCAUUCCAGCAUAAGAUCUCUAACCCAUUUGUGAAACAUGGUGGUGGUAGUAUCAUGGUUUCGGCCUCUUUUGCUGCAUCUAGCCUAAGACGGCUUGCCAUCAUUGAUGGAACAAUGAAUUCUGAAUUAUACCAGUUAAGUCUAAAGGAAAAUGUCAGGACAUCUGUCCAUGAACUGAAUCUGAAGAGAAAGUGGGUCAUAAAACAUAACAACUCUAAACAUACAAGUCAAUCUAGAACUAUUCAGUGUGAGAUAUACCCGAAAAUAGGAUGGCGCAAAUACUUUUUCAUAGCUAUACGUAUAUAUAAAACAUGAACUGUCAUUUUAACACUUAUGUUUUACCCCUCCCCCCAUGAAUUUGUGUGAGUUUACAAGAUUUUCUAAAACGGGUACUGAGGUCUGCGGUUUGUUAGUUUGAAGCUUUUGUCCGGAAGCUAUGUACACAGUUCUCAUCACUGGUCUGACGCGGUCAGGUUUAGAUGAGCUGCAGCUUCAUGAUCGUACAAUGGUGCAGUUUAAGAUGAGCUGUUUCGGGCUGUGGAUGGUUUAUUGGUGCUGUUUGGCUUUGGGAAACGGAGAAAGCCUGUGCAAAAGUGAACUUUUACUAAGCAGUAACAUUUCUACUGAGCUCCAGUCUGAUGUCCUGCUGCCGUGUAACUUUAAUACAACUCUCCUCGGAUCAGAUAAGACUGCAGAUAUAGCAGUAGUGUGGACUCAGAGGAACACAACAAUACACAAUCUAAUGGAGAUCACUCUACAGGGAAAUGAGAUGUUUUGGGAUACUAAACGUGGACGUAUCAAGACGUUCGCUAAUCUCUCUGAAUCAGGAAACUUCUCCAUUCUCCUUCAGAAAGUGCAGCCGUAUGAUCUGGGUCUCUACCUCUGUGAGCUGUUUAACGGGCCCGCCUGCAGAAUUGCGUAUCAGGAACUACAGCUUGGUCUCACUACUGUUUCCCAGCCUCAGAAAUCCAUCAUCGCAGGAGCAUCAGUAGUACCAGUACUUCUGUGUUUAUUCAUAGUGUGUGUUUGCAGAAAAAGGAAUAAACGAAAGUACCAGCUGCAGCCAGAGAGCAGUCAUGAACACAGUUACACAGAAGUGAUGUACACUCUCCACAGUACAAACAGCCAUGAAAAUCCCUCACUAAAUGUUGCUACUGGGAUGUUGGAAGGACAAAAGCAGAACUGAGGAGUGAUCAUAUGACAUACGUUCACAGAUGUUGGAGCGUGAAAUAUAAAUCAUGUGUUUGAUCUUUAAGAUAAUUAUUCCAGUCUUAACUGUGUACUACUGAUGUGUGGUUCCUUAAUGAAUGUAAUAAACGGCAUUGAAAGAUAAAUUGUUCUGAUUCAUAUCUGACGUGUGUGUUGAGAGUCUGGAGAAACAGAACUGCCAUCAAACCAGUCGAGAAUCCAUUCAACAGAUUUUCAAUGAAAAUAAUCUUCCCUCAUUCAUCAUCCAUAGGC